UAAUGAUGAUUCUACUUGAACAUGGCGUGCCCUAUACAAAUUUAGGUAUCAAUUUGUCAAUAGACAUUAUAGCAAUCCUCUCUCUAGCCAUAUAUCCCUUUUCAUUUAAAAUGCUCACUGCCCCCUUCUUAGAUGUUUAUUAUAUCAAAUCGAUUGGAAAGAGAAGAACAUACAUUAUACCAAUUCAAUAUCUGAUGGCAAUAAUUUAUACGCUAUUAUAUUUCACCAAAAUCUCAACUUGGGUUUAUAAUAUUGAAUUCUUAACAUUGAUAGGCUUCAUUUUGAUUUUGCUUUCAGCUCAUCAAGAUAUUGCAAUUGAUGGUUGGGUUCUCACUGCAUUUAGUUCCGAGCAUAAUCACUUAGGGGCAACUGCCUAAACGGUAGGUUAAAUGACAGGAGUCAUAUUCAGUACAACCAUAUUCAUCACAUUAAAUUCGAAGGACUUCUGCAAUUCAUACUUAUACACUACUCCUCAAGAAACUGGAAUCCUAUCAUUGGAUCUAUUUUGUUUGAUUAACGCAUUGUAUUUGGUUGCUCUCACAUUGUAUGUAUAAUUUUGUACAACAGAAUAAUCAAAAGAGGAAUCUUAAGAGGAAAUUGAGUAAUAACAAAUCAAAACCGUAUUCAAAAAUCUUAAGGAAUUGGUUUUAAAUAGAAAUUUACAAUUUUUGUUUUUGCAUCUCCUAAUAUUUAGAUUGUGUUUUUAACCAAUACUAACAUCUACUUGUAUUAUUAUUAAAUGAUGAAUAGCCUCCUUACUCAUUGCUAAAGGAUUGAAAAAAGAAAUGAUGGCAUGGGUCCAAACUAUUAUGAUACCCAUAAACUUUAUCAUAAUUGCCAUAAUUGGAAAGUAUGACUAGAGAGGCAAUGAGCUUUAGAAAUUCUUCCAUUACUUGAUGUUUAGGAUUGGAGAGGCAAUUUUGACAUACUCUAUUUUUAAAUUGUUCCCAGACAUAUUGAGUUAUGAAUCAAUAUAUUAAUAUCUCUACUUGGUAUAAUUAUCUCAAUUAUUCUAGAUUAUUUUUGGAAUCACAUCUAGUUUUUUGUCAAACUCUAUUUUCAUCAAUCAUGGAAGUUUAUUCAAUAGGAUAAGUGACCCUCAGGUUGGGGCAACCUCCUUGACUUUGAUCAACAGCAUUCACAACUUGGGAGGAGCAGUAAUAAUGAUAAACAAUAGUCAUAGAUCACAGAGUCGUUGUCGAUCCUAUCAUUGUCAUUUCUACCCUAUGAUGUUGUGGCUUUCUUGACUGUUUGUUUCGGACUUAGUUAUUACUUCAUACUCAGAAAGCCACUGGUUGUCUUAGCCGAGUAAGAUUAUACAUUUAAUACAUUUAGAUAGAAUUAGAAGGUGUGGCAGAUAUAGAAAAAGUAGCGUGAUUGACAUUCAGGAUGUAUAUUAAAUAUUAUAAUUAAAC